CUUCUGAAAGAAGGUGGGGUAUUGUGCAAGAAAGAAUCGGACAACAAAGAGAGCUUCAUCUCUGUCUCAUUUCUGUGUGAGCUGUGUGUCCCUUUGUAUUCAUCUCUGUUCUUGCUUCUCUCAACCACCCAUCACAGGAAUUGCUCAAACAAUCCAACCCUUUAGCUCCCCGCCACCAACAUUUGAUUUCCCGAUUUUGAUCUUUGAUUUCUUAACCCUUUUCUUUCUUAUUUCAUCGUCUUUGCUCUGUUUUUCCUACCCCUCCGGUUUGCCCUCUUAUCCCUCGAUGUUAGUUGCAAAUAGUUUCGAUUUGUGGAAGAAGGAUGGGUUCUUUUCUGCCGCCGAGCAGGUCCAAGAAUCUGCCGAUACAAUGGAGUUUGCAUAUAGGACAUGGGUGAGAGAGAUGAGAGAAGGGCUAAGUCCUGAUGAUUUGGAUGAACUUCGACGCGAGGUUCAAACAGCUCUUGGCACAGCCAAAUGGCAGCUGGAAGAGUUUGAGAAAGCUGUUAGAGUUAGCUAUCGUGCUCAAAGUGAAGAACAUUUGUUGGAAAGACAUAGGCUAUUUAUUGCAGCCAUUGGAAACCAAAUUUCUCAUGUUGAAGCUGCUUUAAGAGAAUCUUAUGACAAAGAGGGCAAGAAGCCUCUUCGAUGGGUGAAUUUAAACAAGGAAGAAUGCGACGAUUUGGCUACGUUUCUCUCUGGCACAUGCCAAGUACCACAAAGCGCAAAAACUGAAUCAUCUGUGUGUUGUUCUUCAGCAAAUGGGGAAGAAUGCGACGAUUUGGCUACAUUUAGAAGAGUGGAUGAUGGACUACGCAAAAUGGAUAGAUCAACAAAGGCAAGGAGAGCGAGCUCGCCAAGCGCUCCUGAUCUGUAAAUUGUAAUUGUGGAUGAAAAUCGAGAGAGAAAACAGUCUAUGACGAGUUUAGAAGUUUCAAGAAAAGGAAAAGCAGGAUCAGUCUUCUGGAAGCUUGGAUGUCAAAAAUUUUCUCAGCUCUUUGGUAGGGUUCAGCAGAGGCAAAUAUACAGACCUUGGCAUCUUCAGCUUGCAUGUUCUGUUCAGUUUACUCUUGCUUUGAUGUUAACUAUAUUCUUGAUCGGUGAGUUUCUAAUUUUCUCGAGGAUGUGUGGCGUUCGAGUUUUAGAAAUUUACAAAAUUUUGAUUUGAUUUGGAGUA